CACGGACGAACGGACAUGACACCAGCAUUUUGAUUUUGAAGCUGGUCUUCUUUUUCGUCUUCUUCUUAUUUUUCUCGGCUUGCCUUCAGAACGCGAGCGCAAAUGUCAAAACAAAAUUUGUCAGUUUGCUCCACUUGACAGUUUGCUUUCAGAGUUUGAUUCAGAAUCGUUGAUUUGCGUGUUGCGUGUGUCAUGUCCGUUCGUCCGUGGACGUAGAAAAUUCAAAUAAAAUGGGACGGAAGUGCGAGGUUUCGCUUGAUCCAACAAGCGAAACGGAAUGGAGCUAGGUGCAUUUUGCGGAAGAAGAUUUCCGGAUUCGGGGUCGACCAGGCAGAGGGCUUCGAUUCGGGACCGUUCCGCAAAUUGUUGGCUGUUCAUUUCUUCCCUCCCAUGUGGCUCAGGCUGGAACAAGCCGUUUUGUGGGAGAGGAUUUACGGCAUCAUGGACCGGGCCAAGGUCUUGGAACCGUACCGCGCAUGAGGAGUGGCUGGAAUCCGAGGACGAGAUGAACGAAGACCCCACCAGCCAAGUUGCCCUUGGACAUGCGAGCGAGUUGAACGAUGACCUUGGUGGCCCAUGUGACCAGGAGGACAAAGAAAAGUGGACCGGCAACUCUAACAGUACGAUCACUCCACAUGGCGAGGACGUGUUUAACGGCAACCCGCUUGGUUCAGCAGAACUGUCUGUUUUCGUCCACGUUUGGUUGAAUUCCGAGGAGCAGUUGGAACCUGGCAGCUCGUACAUAAUCAUGAAUAGAAAAUAUAGCUGAAUAUGAUCAACCCCCUACGCCUAUUUCAAUCAACGGACGGAGCCAAAACUGAUACGUUCGCCCCGGA